AUACAAGCGGAGAAGUUUCUCAUGAGACUUAACUCUUCGGUCCGUGCACUUUUCAGAUCCUCUACGUACCCUGCACUGAAAACAUGGAGCACCUGAAAAACUCCACAGCAUCACCCAAACCCCUCUUCCUGCACACACAGAGCACCGCGGAGUCCCAGGCGGACAAAAGCGGUGACAACGCGUACCUGUACAUACUAAUAGUCAUGUGUUUCUAUGGAGUCUUCCUCUGUGGUAUAAUGCUGGGCUACUUCCGCUCCAAAAGGAGAGAGAAGAGGAGGAUCAACAUCUUCACGCGCCUGGUGCACGAGGAGGAGCAGCGGGAGUGGGGAGCGCUGCCCAAGAAGCACAGCCUCACCUUUCCCGCCGCUGUGUCGGGCCUGCACUCGGUGCAGGUGUCCCUUCCGUUCUGCGGUAACCACGGCAACCACUUUGGACAUCUCCAAUACGAGGGCGCGCUGCCCUCUCCGCUGGCCUGCGCGCUUUGCACGGAGCAGAGCAGCAUCAGCUCCCUGUGUUCCUCCGCGGACACGCGCUUCGCCAUAGAGGAGGAGUCGGACAGCGGCACGGCGGAGGAACCGGAGGAGAGCACGAAGGCAGGACACGAGAACAGCGGAGAUGACUCCGGCUGAGCUCCUCCCAGAAAAAAAGAGGAGAAACAUCACCUGGAGGGAAGACCAGAAGGUCCUCAGUCUGCAUGUCACUGAGGCCCAAACAGCCCAACCACCAGCAGCAAUGCUUCAAGCGUCUAUUUCCCUUAAAAAACCUCCCAGAACCAAAAUCAUCCAUGAUAUGGUAUCCAUGAAAGGGCUGGGAGAAGUCAGGAUGUGAUUAGACCUUAGUCAGUAGAUAGCUGACAGUGUAGAGGGGGCUUGGCCCACAGUAGUUUUUGUUUGCUGUGUUUUGAACUGAUUUUAUUCAUUUUUGCACAAUCUCUGCUCUCCAUAUUAACCACAUUUUGACUCAGCGCCUCACCAUACCCACACAUAACAGAGAGAGUGAAACACGUGACCGGAUGGUCAUUUAUAUGUCGUGUGUUGGGAUAACCUAUAAAGAGUGACGUGAUCAUUCUGAUCAAUUUGAUACAGCUUUAUCUAUUCUUGCAGUGGUAGUUGAAUGCAGCAGCUCCACACCCCGGUCAAUACACACACAUGUUGGA